AAAAACUAUGCUUUUAUAGCUUUCACGAGUUGACAGAAAGACGACACGUAUUUAUUUAUGUAGACGAACACACGCGGGGCCACUGGUGUUUUUUUAGCCACUUUAUUCAACUUAAUUUAACCAGCGCUAACUUUGUUAGCACGCAGAGCUAACUAAGCUAACGGUACCGCGAUAGUAAAAAGUUAAUAUUUCCUUCACUCAGUGAAUGUCGUAGGCUCCUGGCGAACAAGUAGCUGUUUACCGUUAGUGUUGUGUCGAUAAUAAAACGAUACGCACGUUCAAAAAGUUAGAAGUUGUAGGAUUUGUUGAAGUCACAGAGGAGUUGUAGGCUGUGUCUGUCAGUCUGAGUUUACCUGCGAUGUCUGACAGGUGUGAACACACGUUUGUUAUUGGCCAGAGUUUCACUCUGCGCCCUGCACAGGUGUGCUUACACCAGGAGUAUAUGUGCAACCUUCAGGUUCUCGAUAAAAGUUGGAUCUGAGUCACAUCAACGGAAAAACAUUGUAUAUGAGUAAUUUCAGCUGUGUAAUCUGAACAAAGCCUCAAUGUGAAAUCGUUGCUGCACAGCAAAGAGGUAAUGUGCUUGUGGGCUGGAACAGCGAAUGACACCAGGAUGGGACGGCUAGCGAGACUGUGCCAGAGCUGAGGCCUCACUCUCACUCCCCUGCUGCUCAUUUUUCCUAACCACUCGAUAGCGGACAAGGCAAGAUCUGGAUAUUCCCUGUGUUCCUGCUUGAGCAGAGCCUAGGGACGUAUAAUGAUUAACUGAAACGUACAGAUUUGAUGGACACCAGAAAAUUACCUGACACAAUGUUCAGGCAAGGAGAUGCAUCGUCCAAGAGGCGCCCGUGUGUUGGGAGUGGGCUGACGUUGCCCCAGCCUCCGCCAGUCUCCUCCUCCGUCCAGCAGGGCCGUAUCCGUGCUGUGGAGGUGGCAAGAGGGAGAUCGGGGUAUGGCUUCACACUGUCAGGCCACAGCCCAUGUCUCCUCAGCUGCAUCCUCAAAGGAAGCCCUGCAGACUACGUGGGCUUGCGCUCUGGAGAUCACAUCCUCUCUGUCAAUGACAUCAACGUCUCUAAGGCGUCACACGAGGAUGUGGUGAAACUGAUUGGACGCUGCUCUGGCGUUUUGAAACUGGUCAUCGCCGAGGGAGAACGUCCUAGGCGACACCAUCACCACCACCACCACAGUCGCCAUCACAGCAGCAACACAAUGGCAGCGUCUCACCUGGACUCAUGCUCUAGUGAUGAUGAGUUGGACGGUUUCUAUGACAACAGUGCCAACAACAACAAUAACAGCAGGUCAGGUGGUGGAGCUCGUGGAGGUUGGUACAAACCCAAACUGGACUCUAAGCAGCUGGGCAUCAACAGGGCAGAGAGGGUGGUCGCCGAGCUGCAGUCUGGAGGAAUUUUUAACAUGAUCUUUGAGAACUCCAGCCACUCGUCCAGUAGCUCAGACAAGGAGAGGCCCAGAGUGAGCUCAUCAUCCAAGCCCCGUCCGUUGUCUGAUCCAGAGUUCCCACCAUAUCGCAACUCCUCCCGUUCUCAAAGCAAUCCCAACUUACUCUCUGAGGAGGAGAUGGCCCAAGUUCUGAAUGACGAUUCGGUCUUCCUGGACUCAGACUUCCGUCACCUCCACCUUCACUCGCACGAAGAGCAGGAUGUGGAUGUAGGAGAUGGGGGCGACUUGAUCCUAGAGCCUGGCGACGGCAUCCUCAAUGUGGGCAUGAUUGUCGGCUACCUGGGCUCCAUUGAGCUGGCCUCCUCUGGGACAAGUCUGGAGAACGACAGCCUGCAAGCCAUCAGAGGCAGCAUGAGACGCCUCAGGGCAGAGCAGAAGAUUCAUUCAUUGGUUCUCAUGAAGGUCAUGCACGACAGUGUGCGCCUGUGCAGCGACAGAGGUCAAGUCCUGGCCACCUAUCCUGCCGAAAAACUAGCCUUCAGCGCCUGCUGCCCUGACGACCGCCGAUUCUUCGGCCUGGUGACGAUGCAGGCCACGGACGACCAUGACGAUCGUCGCUUGAUCAACGGACGGGACGACGAGGGCAGUUUGAGGACUUCCUGUCAUGUGUUCAUUGUGGACCCAGACCUCUGUCUCCACCAGGUCCACUUAGGUGUAGCCAGGAGAUUUGGUUUUGAGUGCACUCCUGACCCAGACACAGGGGGCUGCCUGGAAUUCCCUCCCAGUUCUCAGCCCCUCCUCCAGUUUGUCUCUGUUCUCUACCGGGACAUGGGCGACAACAUCGAGGGGGUACGAGCUCGGGCCUUCCAUGAUCCCGACAACGAUGCCCAACAGAACCACAGCACCAGCAGCAACAGCGACAGCGGGAUUGGCAACUUUUUACCAGAAGAGAAGAGCAACAGAGUGCUUUUAGUAGACCUCGGUGGUCCUCCUAAUCACAACCACAUCUCUGGACCACGCCACUGGGACAGUCCACCCUCCUCCCAGCAGGCCUGGAGUCCCACGCUGGGGGCCGCAGCCCCUCUCCCGCCUCCUCCCCCUCCUCCUCCGCCAGCUCUGAGAAACGGCCACUAUCGUCAUGAUCCACACCUGGCUGACCUUCCUCACCCCCUCCCCUUGCAUCACACUGACGUCCCCGGCAGGCACUCGCGAGGGGUCCACCCUCACCACUACCCACCAACGAAACGGGGUGGAGCUGUGGGGGGAGGAGAAAAGAGAGGGGCUGGAGGAGCAGCAGGGGUGGAGCCGCAGCGGUGGCUGCCAGUCCAUGUACUGAGGGACUGGCGUCAGCAGCACCACCACCACCACAGCCACCUGCAGGGCCUGAGCAGCGAUCAGGAGUCAUACGCUGAAUCCACUGACGGAUGGUCAUCAGCCAACUGCAGCACCUUGCCCCCACCCAUGAAUAAGAUCCCGGCUGAUCGAUACCGGGCGCCACUAGCCCCCGGAGACCGCCUGCCACCACCUGGAGGCAGCCAGCCGCCGCCGCCGCCGCCUCCUUCACAUCCCCAAUCCCACACCCACCGGCUGGCCGUUCAGAAAGAUGAGUGGGCCAAAAAGCUGUUUGGUGCGGAGAGAAGUGAGAGAGAGAAGAAACGAGGGAAUGCAAAGGAGGGAGAGAAAAAGGGUGGUCGGUUCCGUGGAUUGACAAUGGGUUUCCCUCCUCUCCCCCAGCGCUCGUCAGCCAGGCGCUCCUUUGGACGCUCUAAACGACUGAGCCUGGCCCGCUCCCUGGACGACCUCGAGUCGGCCGCAGUCUCCGAUGGAGGUGAGUAG